AACCAGUCAUAAAUAUUUGUGAAGAAGAAAGAGAAAGAUUUUCUUAACACUAAUCCACUAUAUCAGGGUACUUUGAAGUUUAGAGAAACACCAAAAAACUGCAGAACAGCCAUUUAUUUUUGUUUUCGGAAUAUAUGUAUAUAUAGAUGAGUAACUGUAGUGUUCAUUCGUCUUUGCCGAAUCUACUACCACGCACGYCUCACUUAAAAGCUMUUUCAUACGCUUCACUGUCCGUAUCGGUUAUCCUAGGGACUGCUCUGGUAUUUGCGGUUYUCAUUUGUCCCAUACUUCAGCGGAAUAUACGACAUUUAAUCAUAGCUUUUCUUGUGGCACUUGGUGCUGGGUGUCUUGCUGGAGAUGCCAUAUUCCAUCUUAUACCUCAUGCUAUCAACCCUCGUAUUUCAGUUCGGUAUUUAGGCAUCAAGGUGGAUCCUCAUGCCGAUUCUCAGGUGCUCUGGCGAUCCAUAGUCAUUGUUUGUAGUAUCUACGUGUUUUAUCUAUUCCAUUUGAUUACUCAUUCUAUUGAGUCAGGACAUUCACAUUCACACAUCAAUACUCCAACUCUCAUUAGUUCAGACAGCCAAUCUCCAGUUAGUCCUACUCCUGGUGGCCCAGGAUACCUCAAUGAUGAUCAUUUAAAAAGUAGUAGCAAUAGCAGUAGUAAAAUGAAUACUCUGGUGGUAAUGAUAUUGCUAGGUGACGUCAUACACUCGCUCAACGAUGGAAUGGCUAUCGGUGGUGCUUUCUCCAAAUCUGCUUCAGAUGGACUUAGUACGUCACUAGCCGUUCUUUUUCACGAGGUCCCUCAUGUAAUAGGUGAUUUUGCAAUUUURGUAUCAAGCGGCCUCACAAUGAAAAGAGGACUGUGCUUCCAGGCCUUAUCGCUCAGUCCCAUGUACGCGGGUCUGAUAGUCGGAGCGCUACUGGGUACGACACUCAGUCUUACUGAUUGGAUAUUCGCGGUUACYGCUGGAAUGUUCUUAUUUAUAGCAUUUGCAGAAAUGGUUCCAGAGCUUCUACUUUCUGCUUCAACAAGUAUAAAUAAUAAGAAAACUGUUAUAAUUCUUCAAAAUGCUGGACUCAUUACGGGGUUUACGAUCAUGGCGCUGCUUGCUGCGUUUGAACAUAGAAUAAAACWGUCUAUAUCUUGAUCGAAGAGAAUUCGUUAAAAAUCGUUAAACAAAACUGUUACGACAAUGGUUCUGCUAAAUAGAAGUCCAGCAUCUUCAUCGUGCGCAUGUGCCUUAAAGARCUCCCGGCUAUCAGGAAAAUAUCCCAUAAUCUGGAUCUCCUGGAUCAGACAUCCUUCUGUAGAUAUCCCAGCUCCUUAUUUAGCUUCUCAACGGUUUUUGKCCGUGCUGGCAUGUAGUAACGGUAGAGGCCUGGGUACUUGACUCGUGUUACAWAUAGCCCUGAGUUCCUAAUUCUAUGAACUAGGUCCCAGUCCGCUUUCUGUUCAAACAGAGUUUCAUCCAUUCCUUAAAAAAAGCGUUAACAAGAGUUAGAAAUGUGGUACCGUGGUUCCUAUUGGUUCAGARCAAAAGCCAUUUGAGUGUCAAGGCAAUUGUACCUCUUUAACUCAAAUAAAACUCUAUCCAUUCACAUACGUGGAAUAAUUAUGGAAUAUAUAUACUGGAUAUUACCUGAAAUCCUGGUCCAAUCCUUCUUGUAAAUGCCAAUCACAUCGUAACCAUGGAAGCACCACGAUCCACUUGGGUUUUGGAUCCCCGGAUGUGAACUGCAGUCAAGCUGAAAGACGACAGGAGCGAAAGCAAUGCGUCCCUCGAUACAGUGCUGCCAAAAAAUUAAAAACAACAAUACAGAAUAAACUACUUUUGAAUGCUCUCGAAAUCAUUCAGUCUUGGAGUAAUUUAAGUUUGAACCUGCAUUCGUUUUAGUCAUGUCUAAACAAUUUCAAAAACAGUUCAAAAAUAAAUGAAAAAAUCCAAACAAUAA